ACCACCCUUUUAAUUGAUUGAAUUUAUAUUUACAUAUGUCCAAAUAUGUGAAAAUUAAUGUGGAAAUGUAUUUUGACUUGAGAAAAAUUAGAAAUCUUCAUAUAGUCGGAAUUGAUUUUGCGGUGGUUUUUAUAUAUACUUGAAACUGUUGUUUUACCAAAAGCAAAUGGAAAUUACACCGUUGUUUUAAAGAAAAGUGAAAUGUAAUUUGGACGGGAAAAAUAUUUGUUUGUUAAGUACCAGAACAAGAAAUUUUCGUGAUGAAAUUAGAUAUUUAAAUCGAAAUCGGAAUACAGUGUCCAGACAACAUGAAACAGCCAAUUUUAUUUAGUACCAAUUUACUCGGGUACGCUGCUCUAGGAACUUUUGGAUUUGCUUUCAUUUGCACGUGCCUGGCGUUAGGGCUGCCGUACUGGCAGUACUAUGAUAUUACAUUAGGAGACCAGCAGACGAUUUCCAAUCACGGGUUAUGGAGAUACUGUAUUGAUUAUAUACCGGAUACUACGGCGCUCAUAGACGUGUGCGGGGACCCUGUGGACAUAGCGACCGGAAGUGGAGCAACAGACAUCCGCGCAACACGUGCUUUUGUGAUUAUAUCUGUGAUCCUGGAGAUAGCUGGCAUUCUAUGUACUGUGCUUGUUGUGUUUGUGGUAAAAUUUAAGAAGAAUUAUCCGUUUCAUUACGCAGCUGCUGUUUGCGGGGUUGCAUCAGGAUUUUUCUCUAUGCUCGGACUUGCAGUGUAUGUUGCAAGAGUACGCAAUGACGACUACGACUUACAUGCUGCCAGCGCCUUACAAAUCCUUAGUUGGCUGACGUCGUGGACUUCUUCCGGUUUUAUCGUUUAUAUGAUGAUUAUUAAGAAACAGUCAGACGAAUAGCAUUUCACGUUCCUCCUCCAUUUUUUUCACCUUGUGUUUGUCUUUUUAGCAAUAAGUUCAAGUUUUGUUUUCAAAAUCCGAGUACUAUGGAAGUAGUUCUAUACAUUUUGAGUACAAUAUUGCAUUCUAUUGGUCAAAUACACAUAUUAAAAACCUAUAUUGAACGAGGCGCUAACUGAGUCCAAUAUAAGUUUUGAAGCUGUGUACGGGUCUUGUAUAAUAAUUUUUACACUAAACAAUGUAUUAUAAUAUAUAACUUAUUAUUUCACACCACUUUGACAAAACAUUAUAUCCAAGAUUGAUAUUGGAAGAUCUCCUGUGUAAACUCUGGAAGUUCAUCGGUUUAGCUUCACAAAGUGUGAAAUUAAUGCCAUCAUUUUCCCAUCUACUACACGUAGUUACAUUGCCAUGCUUACAAAAUAAUAAAGACCACUUUUAAGAAAAGUUAAAUCAACCUGUUAAUUAAUUUUAUCAUUUUUUGUUUAACGAUAAAACUAUAAUAUGACAAUUAUAAACAUUCUAUUUAAUAUGUAUUUACUAGUUUUGUUUUUGUUUUUGAACGUUUGUUAAGCCAACAAUAUGAGUGAAAUGGGUUAAUGUGAACAUUUCUUUUUUAUUAUAGCAAUUUAACUUAAGUCUAACCUGCCUUAUUGGCUUUCUGUUUUUACCUUAAAUUAACUGUCCGUGGAGAUAUUACUUUUUAUGACAUACCCGUGCUGCUUUUGCGGCUCUGUAAAAUGAUAUUGCACGACUGUACAUGUACCGGGGUAUUUUGACAUGUAAUUUGGCUUAUACAAAUAUAGUGCAAAGAUAAAUGUUAGCGUUACACUAUAGUGCCAUAAAAUGAUUCUUUUUCACUUUAUUUUGGUAUGUAAUAAAUAGAAUUUUAUAUUCUGAAGGUUCAUUACUGAAUUUAUCGAACUCGUUGAAUAAAAUAAUAUAUAUUAUGCUCGCCAAAGGCUUGCAUUUAAUUAUAUUCAACUCGUUCAAUAAAUUCAGUUUUGAACUUACACUCAUUCAAUAUCGUCUUAUUAUGUAUUGCAUCUGAAUAAAAUUUGUAUAUGAACAAAGACUUAUCCACCUGCUGCAUGUAAUUUGUAUUUCCUCCCUUAGUAAGUAUGUGCUAAAUCUAAUAACAUUUUUAUAUAAAUAUUUGUAAAUAUUCAUAUGAUCAUUCCAAUUAUUAACAUGUAUAUUGUCUUUGAUUCAUUCAGUACAAAGUUAAAUUCGUGUCAUUCUUUUCUUUUCUCAUAUGUAGAUUAUUUCAUGCAUUGUUACACUUUUUCUUGUUUUUAAUUGCAUGUGUGCAUGUUUAUAACUGCUUUAGUUCAAUAAAUUUAUA